AUGGCUUCGUUCAAAGGGUACGACCUCAUUGUGGUUGGGUCCGGGUUUGCCGGUUCCAUGGCCACCCUGAACUUCUUGGAGGAGUGCAAGAAGCAGAAGAAGAACGGAAGAGUCGCCUUAGUGGAGGUGGGUAAGGACGGUGAGCGCUGUGGUGCCAGCCGCUGGACUAUGGCAUAUCUCAGACUGGACAAAAACUUAGACUUUGAUGAGGACUGGGUCAAGGAAAUGCGACUGGUCAGCAAUGGACUAGCAGAUGAGGACUAUUGCAACAAGCUCUGCAAAGAAGCCCCAGUCACGGCCAAAUACCUACAAGAGCACGGCGUCAAGUGGGUCCACCAUGACGAGACCAAUGUCUUACUCGAGUUCAAGACCGACCAGCAUUUCGUAUUUCCAGAAGGUGGCGGGAAAGCUAUCAUCGCUAAGCUCUUUGAGCAUCUGGGCACGUACGACAACUGCGACGUUCAUUGGGAGACCGAGGCAAUCAAACUGAUUACAGAUGAUACGGGCGCCAUUCGCGGUCUGAAGGUCAGGAAGAACGAUGGGUUGCUUCACGAUCUCCUCGCACCCAACGUCGUACUCGCAUGUGGAGGCUUCGAGGGCAACAACGAGAUGCUGUCACGGUAUGUUGGCCGGAACACUCACUCACUACCUCUGAUCGCUCCUGGUUUGAAGUACAAUCGCGGCGCGGGUCUUCGCAUGUCUCUGGAGGUUGGUGCUGGGACCGCAGGCAGCUUCGAUGGCAUCCACUGUGAGCUUGUUGAUACACGAGCUGGCAAGCCGGACGCGGUGAUCUGGGGUCAUAACUACGGAAUUGUUGUGAACCAAGCCUGCAAGCGCUUCUACGACGAAGGAAAGCGCCAUCUAUUCGCCACCUUCGAGAUGAUCGCUUUGGAGUGCUGGAAGGACCAGAACCAAAGCUGCUUCUUCGUCACAGACCAAGACAUCAUGACCCGCUUCAAGGGUAGCUGGGUUUACGACACCACUGACAAGCCACCAGAGCAAGCGGACACAAUCGAAGAGCUCGCCGAGAAGAUGGGACUAGACCCCAAGGAGCUGAAGAAGACUGUAGACGAUUACAACGCUGCUGUGAAUGACAAUGAGUUUGAUCUGAUGAAGCUUGACGGCAAAGCCACAACUGGUUUGUCGCCAAACAAGACAAAUUGGGCGAACAAGAUCGUCAAGGCUCCCUUUUACGGCUACCCAAUGACUUCCAACCUCACCUUCACAUACGGAGGUGUGAAGACCGAUCUUAACGCUCGUGUCCUAUCUACCAACGACAUUCCGAUCCCCGGCCUGUGGGCAGCAGGAGAGAUGACUGGCUUGUUCUACAACGAGUACCCUCCAGCCACGUCUUGCUUGAGGAGUAUGACGUUUGGCAGGCUGGCUGGCACAGAGAUAGCGCAGUACUUGGGCAAGAAGCAGGGAACGGCAAGUGAGAAGGCUAUACCUUCUGAGCAAGAUGCUGUCAGGUCGGAUAGUCCGUUGCAAGAUAUGAAGCAGCAUACACUAAGGGGUGAAGGUGUGACCGCUCAUUGA